GGGAUGGUGUCAAUUCCCCCACUUUGUUGUUUUACUUCUGAAGAGAGUCAUUAUUCAAUAAAAAGUGCUGCAGCAGUUUUGGGUAUUGGGGCAGACAAUUGUUUUAAUAUUCCAACGGAUGCCUCAGGCAGAAUGCUUCCUAGGGCUUUGGAAGAACAAAUAAUUAAAAGUAAAGAAGAGGGUCUCUAUCCUUUCUUUGUUUGUGCAACGGCAGGAACAACAGUUUAUGGCGCUUGGGAUCCAAUAGAAGAGAUUUCUGAAAUUUGUGAAAGACACAAUCUUUGGCUACAUGUUGAUGCAGCUUGGGGUGGUGGAAUUUUGUUAAGUCCAGAAUACCGACACAAAUUGGCGGGAAUUGAACGUGCAAAGUCUGUUACUUGGAAUCCACACAAAUUAAUGGGGUCUUUACUUCAAUGUUCUGCUUGUUUUGUAAGACAAGAGGGUUUACUCUUCCAAGUCAACCAAAUGUCUGCGGAUUACCUUUUCCAACAAGACAAACCUUAUGAUGUAAGUUAUGAUACUGGAGAUAAAGCAAUUCAAUGUGGUCGACAUAAUGAUAUAUUUAAGCUUUGGUUAAUGUGGCGUUCAAAGGGAAUGGAAGGCUAUCGUCGUCAAAUUAAUCGUCUUAUGGAUAUGGCCAAAUACUUUACUGAAAGAAUUAAGGCAACUGAAGGAUUUGAAAUGGUUGUGGAUGAACCAGAAUUUCUGAAUAUAUGUUUUUGGUAUGUCCCAAAAAGUAUUCGAAGUGUUGAUUUGAGAGAAAAAAUGAGCCGUUUAGAAAAAAUUGCCCCAAAAAUAAAAGCGCAAAUGAUGAAAAGAGGGACGACAAUGGUUGGAUACCAACCAGAUGAACAUAAAAAACGUCCAAAUUUUUUUCGAAUGGUUAUUUCGAAUUCUAAUGUUCAGAAGGUUGAUUUGGACUUUAUAAUUGAUGAAAUAGUUAAUUUGGGGUAUGAUUUGUGAAUGAAAGAUAAAAGAAGAGAAGAAAAUUAAAAGGAAGACAUGAAAAAAAUAAAAUAACAAAAUAAUACACAAUUUACACAAGCUUUAUAAUUUUUAAAAAGUAAAAGGAAUUUGCCUAAUUAAUUUUAAUUAGAGUAGGUAUUUUUGUUUGCGACUAUUUGGAAGAAAGGGGGCGAAUAUGUGGACUUUUCAGGAGAACAUUUCAGAAAAAACUUGCGAUUAUGUGGCCCGUUCUGUUGGUAAUUGACCAUUUAUUCGCAGU